GCAAAUUUUAUUUGAUAUUUACAAAGAGGUUCACAUUCUUUACGUGGACCAUACUCCACAGCUGAUUUAUUAAGGAUAUAUAUAACAUGACUUAAAAGCCAAGAUCUGUCCAAAAUCCUUAUGGAAUCAAAAUAUAUCACUGAUAUACUUGUCCCCUGAAAACCACUUAGUAUAGCGGAGGUGGGUAUGUGAUUUCCUCCAUGUUCACUCAUUCAUUCAUUUGUUCCUUCAUUCAAUAAACGUAUUCAUGACCAACUCACAGCAAACAAGGUGUUAGCUCUGAGACAACAGUGAUUAACAGGACAGACAUAAUCCUUGCCCUUAAAAGGGUCAUAUUCUAGUGGGGAAGACAGAUUUUAAAACCCAAUAUAUAAAAUAUUUUUAAAUCGUGUUAUGAAGGAAAUAGCCAAGGUGCUAAGUUAGUAGGGGGUGGGGGUUGGAAGGAGCAAUUUCUGUAGGCUGCGAUAGAAAGGAUGAAAAAGUACCAGCUACGUGAAAAACGGCAAAGGUGGGGUGUUUUCUUCCUAUCUGUCGUCUACCUUCUAAAGUGAAAAUUUAACUCUCCAGCCGGAUAUAGCGGCUAAAGAAUAUGGUACUCCACUUCUCUGGUGGUAUAUCUAUGCACAGUGUAACUAUACAUAUACUUCACAAAAUGUGUGCAGUGUAGUUACGGCAAAGGACACAAAUGCCGAGUAACAUUCUUUACACGGUGAAUUACUAUUUUAUAUGAAGGUUCCUUCCCGUGAGUGGAUUUCACUGUGAGUCUUAGUGCCAGGAAGGGACUUCAGAGGCAUGAAACGGAAUCCCCAAUCUUAGUACACGAACACAGCGUUGACUUCUCAGGAUGAGUCGGACACACCAAGAUCUGCAAGUCAGAAAGUAACAUGCAAGGAGAUGUGUUCCAAGGGGCCUAACUCUCGUAGGCGGUCAUGAGAUCUCUGCUGCUCUAAAAUCUGGACUCCAUCACCCCUCUGCCCAGCUCCGGACGAAACAGGUUGACCAAAUGUAAACCAUCUGAAGGCUAAACCACUAGAGGGAGAAAGUGUGCCUCUGGUGACUGGGGAGCCAAUGAAAGGAUAGGAUUCAAGAAAGCUAAAUUAAGCUCUAGCCAGCCAGGGGCAAGGACUAAGUCAACCCUGGUAGCCUUGGGAACUUGAGCAUGAAUUCUUAAAACUGAAUGGCUCCUCUUACACCAAAUAAUGCAACAAGUAUGAAGAUAUUUCAUCUUAAUUUUGAAUGUUGUACUCCAUAUUUCCUAAGGACCUCUAUAACUUUGGAAAGACUGUAGCAUGUAAGCUGAGCUUUCAAGAAGGGUUUCUGACAAUUUUGAGACAUUACGUUAUCCUUUAUAUAUUGGCAAUUUACAUAUUAUGGGCAAUAUUUCAAUGUUUUCAGGUAAUUUAAGAUACAAAGCUUUGCUGUCUAUUGGGAUGAACAGGAUAAUUUGAGAGUUCUGUUUCUAAACUAUUACUUCAGGAAAAUUAAUUUUAUUCAGAUAACUGGCAGGUCAAAAAAAUUCCUUUACCAAUACAUCACCCGCAGAAACUGUACCUUCAAAAAACAAGCAUCAGACAGUUGUUACAACCUGUAAAAAUAGGAUUACCCUUAGCUCCAGAUCCACUGCCUUAGUGGAUCUGUCCAUUGAAACCUGGUUAAUCUUAUUUGCUGUACAGCACUGUAAUUUUCCAUAAUUAAAAAUAAAACAAAGCCAACUGGUACAACUGUUUAAUCAAUACAAUGUAUGGCAUACACUUUUACAAAGUAACUCACUAUAAAAUUUACACAUAGUAUUAUACAAGUUAUAUCACAUCCUCUUAGUGUGUACCAAGGUGCAUGAAUUCUUUCCUUACACCAAAAGCUAAAGAAAUUACCCCAAGUCUCCCGGACACAGACUGGUGUUUAAAAGAUAGUCGACGAUUUUGUUUUCAAUGGAUCAUUUCACUCUCCUCAGCAGGAAAAAACAAACACCAGCAACUAUUUCUGGGAUUCUUAAAAAUAGCAGGAGCACAGUGCCUGUUCCUCUCCUCUCUGAGCACUGAUUUGCCUCACAAUCUGGGAUACGGGUUCUCAGAAACGCUGUUUGGCAGUCCUGAUAAUUUCAUGUGUUUCCAAAGUUUAAUCCACCCAGACUACCCAGUUCGGUAUUUCCAGCUCCUUUCAUUUUCCUUUUCCCUUUAAUUAUAGGAGGCUCUAUCCCCUCUUCUCGCAAAUGUGGUGGAGAGACACCCAACGCCACCACGCGCGGCCAGACGACACCGCGGCUUCCCCGGGGCGGCCCGCAGCAGCUCCUCCCGGAUGAAGGCGCCGCGAUGGGAGACCCGGCCGGGCCGGCCCGCGCGCUCGGCGACGCUCGGGACCCUCGGCCGCAGCCCUGACUCCGCGGGAGGCGGCCCUGCCCGGGGAGGCAAAAAGCACUGCACUUUGACUAUGGAAACAGAGGCUAUUGAUGGCUAUAUCACAUCAGGUGACAAUGAGCUUUCACCUGAAAGGGAGCACUCCAAUAUGGCAAUUGACCUCACCUCAAGCACACCCAAUGGACAGCAUGCCUCACCAAGUCACAUGACAAGCACAAAUUCAGUAAAGCUAGAAAUGCAAAGUGAUGAAGAGUGUGACAGGAAACCCCUGAGCCGUGAAGAUGAGAUCAGGGGCCAUGAUGAGGGUAGCAGCCUAGAAGAGCCCCUAAUUGAGAGCAGCGAGGUGGCCGACAACAGGAAAGUCCAGGAGCUUCAAGGCGAGGGAGGAAUCCGGCUUCCGAAUGGUAAACUGAAAUGUGACGUCUGUGGCAUGGUUUGCAUUGGGCCCAAUGUGCUUAUGGUACAUAAAAGGAGUCACACUGGGGAACGCCCCUUUCACUGUAACCAGUGUGGAGCUUCUUUUACUCAAAAGGGUAACCUUCUGAGACACAUAAAGUUACACUCUGGAGAGAAGCCCUUCAAAUGUCCUUUCUGUAGCUACGCUUGUAGACGAAGGGACGCCCUCACAGGACACCUCAGGACCCACUCGGUGGGUAAACCUCACAAGUGCAACUACUGUGGACGGAGCUACAAGCAGCGCAGUUCACUGGAGGAGCACAAGGAACGCUGCCACAACUAUCUCCAGAAUGUAGGCAUGGAGGCUGCCGGGCAGGUCAUGAGUCACCAUGUACCUCCUAUGGAAGAUUGUAAGGAACAAGAGCCUAUUAUGGACAACAAUAUUUCUAUGGUGCCUUUUGAGAGACCUGCUGUCAUAGAGAAGCUCACGGGGAAUAUGGGAAAACGUAAAAGCUCCACUCCACAAAAGUUUGUGGGGGAAAAGCUCAUGCGAUUCAGCUACCCAGAUAUUCACUUUGAUAUGAACUUAACAUAUGAGAAGGAGGCUGAGCUGAUGCAGUCUCACAUGAUGGACCAAGCCAUCAACAAUGCAAUCACCUACCUUGGAGCUGAGGCCCUUCACCCUCUGAUGCAGCACCCGCCAAGCACAAUCGCUGAGGUGGCCCCAGUUAUAAGCUCAGCUUAUUCUCAGGUCUAUCAUCCAAAUAGGAUAGAAAGACCCAUCAGCAGGGAAACCUCUGAUAGUCAUGAAAACAACGUGGAUGGCCCCAUCUCUCUCAUCAGACCAAAGAGUCGACCCCAGGAAAGAGAAGCCUCUCCCAGCAAUAGCUGCCUGGAUUCUACUGACUCAGAAAGCAGCCAUGAUGACCACCAGUCCUACCAAGGAAACCCUGCCUUAAAUCCCAAGAGGAAACAAAGCCCAGCUUACAUGAAGGAGGAUGUCAAGGCCUUGGAUACCACCAAGGCUCCCAAGGGCUCUCUGAAAGACAUCUAUAAGGUUUUCAAUGGAGAAGGAGAACAGAUAAGGGCCUUCAAAUGCGAGCACUGCCGAGUCCUUUUCCUAGACCAUGUCAUGUACACCAUUCACAUGGGUUGCCAUGGCUACCGGGACCCACUGGAAUGCAACAUCUGUGGCUAUAGAAGCCAGGACCGUUACGAGUUUUCAUCACACAUUGUUCGAGGGGAGCACACAUUCCACUAGGCCUUUUCAUUCCAAAGGGGACCCCUAUGAAGUAAAGAACUGCACAUGAAGAAAUACUGCACUUACAAUCCCACCAUCCCUCGGAUGUUGGCAACGUUUUUUUUUAAAUAUUAUUACUGUCAGUUCUUAUUCUGGGGACAUAGUGUCAUUUGCUCUACCUAAUUACGAUAAAGAAGAAACAGAAGAGAGGGGAUGGGGAUAUUGUUUCCUGAUAACUUGGCUUGUUUUAUUUUGUGGGAAUUUAAAGCAGUUCAUUUCUACCACACACAAGUGUAAAGCAUAUCAUGGUUUGCAAAAUCACUUGAUUCAUAUAGAUUCACCUGAAAUACUCUAAUUUGCCACUGAUGUUCAGGAUUAUGGUUGAAGGCAGGAAUUUAGAGUUAUCUGGGUAGGACUUUGGCAAUUUAAAGUGGUAUAAGUAAUUUUACUCUUCAGAGAAGAACUUGCUUCAAAAUGUAAACCAGUUUUUUGUUCUUAGAGAUCAUGGAAUACAAACACAUUGUUAUUUAACUCCUAGGAUGAAUUGAGUUGUUGUGGGUUCUAUGUUUACUUCCCCUAUGGAAUUUAUAAUUCAGUAUGUUUUACACUGUACCAUAUAGCAAAACUUUUAAACUACAGGAGGUUAAGGACCACUAUAAUACAUCUGAGGUCCUUUGAUCUUAUUUUUCUAAACUUAAGCACUGUUUUUCCAUAGUUUUGAUGACUGGCAUUUUAUAGAUACCCUGGCAGCCUUACUUUUAACACCUUUAACAAAUGGUAUUUUUAUGUAGUUUUCUGAAUAACAUAUGGUCUAAGAGUGGAUAGCAGGCAGUCAGUAAUUUCCAGGAGGGACUUCUACUUUUCAUAAAUUUGUUUGGGAAUUUUUUUUGAUGUUAUAAUGAGAUGGCAGCAUAGUAUACAUCCUUGUUUCAAAAAGUAUGCUUAUGAUUGUCAUUUUAUCCACAUUGAAUCAGUAUUAAUCAGUCAGCAAAAAAAAAAAGUAUAUAUAUAUGUAUAAAAUUAGGUUAACAGUAGGGGAAAACUUCACUUAGAAAUCCAUUUUCUGGUAUUCUCUUUUCACUGUUUGUUUCAAGCUGUGACCACUCAGUGUUCUGUCCAUAGUCCAUUCCUCUUGUACUGUUGGAGUAGAAGGUCUUAAAGGUCUUGCUAGGCGCUACUUCUUUCACAAUAUCCUCAGAGCAAUUGCUAAUUUGACCUGAAUGUGGUAACUUACACCCUGUAAGAUUGUUGAACUAGGGCUAUUUAUUCUAGUAUUUCUUGAGUAAUAUUUACUACUAUUGCUGCAGAGAAAAGGGAACUUCUUCGUAAACUGUACUGUGGACUACUGAUCAGAGAAAGCAACAACAGAGUUUGCUCUUACUGUUUUGGAGUCUAAAAUGUGACAGAACCUUUAAGCAGAGGUCCUGCACAUUUUCAUAUUUCAACAACAUUUGACUGUAUAGGUCCUUCUCAUAAAUGAAUUUCAGUGUCUUAGUAUAGAAUUUGCCAUCUUUUAAUUCAGACAUGACAUGUUUUCAUAUUUCCUGUGUAGAUUUUAAUUCCCUUCAUGUGGGUGCUCUUAUUCUGUGCAGUCCAGCAACAUUGCAAGGGAGGAACCAAGCGAUACCGAUUCUCAAGUCGUUAGGCGGGGCACGCUUCUAAGGUAGAACUUGCUGCUUGUGUUUUGAAAAAACAUGACUGGAUUGUUUGAUAGCCACUUGUGACUAUUGAAUUCUAUUAAGUAGUAAUUAAUAACUGCUCUAAAAAUCAUUAAAUAAGAUCAGAAGCUGUUUGUGGAGCAUGAUAUGAGAAGUAUCAAGUCUAGAGACCCAUGGACAGAUAAGCAAGUUGGCCCCAGUACUGCUCUUAAUUCAUUUUUCUGGUUUACCAUUUGCUUAUUGAAGCAACUGCUAAGCACUAACACAGCUAGAAUGAAGUAAAAAUAGUUAGGAAUCAGCGCUCUCUUACUAGUCCCUAUCAUGAUUAUUUUUGGAGAAAUGUCCAAACUGUUUCUUUACAUCCAAGAGAACACACCAAACAAAAAUGUAUAAAAUGUCCACUGUUAGUUUUUCCUGCAUGCCUUAGCACAUUACACACUCACAGUUUAUUCAAAGAGAAAGCAUCUGUUUGAGACUUCCUCACCUCUACCUACUUACUCUAAUCCCUCCCAAAUUGUAAUUGAAAUGACAUUUCUUUCUUUCCUCUUGGAUGAGGUAAAUCAUUCUGAGCUCCUGAUCUUGUGUUUUGCUGCAGUUUUUUUUAUGGAAGCAUUUGGAUGCUAAUCAAUAUAUUCAUAAUUUUGGCCAUGUGUGAAUAUGCAUGAAUUUCCACUGGCACCAUCAAUGGAUGGUUUUCCUCUUUUUUUUUCCCUCCCACUCCAGCAUACAGUUUAUCACAGGCCUACUAUCCUGCAGUGAGACUGAGUUCAGGUGGAUCUGAAGAGCUGUGUGGUCCUCUGUGAAGACAGUACUGAUGCGCUGUCCUUUUCUGACUUCAUCGUGUUGAGCAACUUAGUUUACUGAAGGGAGUUCAUAGAUGGUGAGGAUGUAUUUAUAAGGAUAUAGCUAUAUUUUCUUGGCUUCAUGGUAUGAGGAACAGAAAGACUUGGUGGGGCAGGGUGUGCCAGGGACAAAUGAGGACAAGGUCAGUUCACAUUUGUAGGUUAGAAAGAAUUUUUGUGGACAUAGUGAUUUGUAAAAAGCUCUGGAUGGCUAUAUUUGCAUGCUUCUUCACAAAAGGAAGUAUGCAGCGUGGUAGCUCCUAUAAAUAAGUAUGAGGGUCAGGCACCAAAUAAAUCAAGCUUUACAUAACAGUUGUAUGCCCAGUUUAUUUAGAUGAGCUUUCACAGUAGAGAGAGUAUUUGAGGGGCAUAAAAAUGGGUUAUCCUCUGUAGUUUCCAGUUUGGCAAAAAUUCAGAAAUUCAUCACAUUGCUUUGCCCUAAUUUUGCCCAGAUUUUUUUAUCUCCAGUUCUUUUUGGAGAAGUAUGCUGCCUCUCUGUGAUAAUGAAGAAUCUUUAAAAGCCAUUCUAAACAUGAUUUUUUAAAUAGUGAAAGUGUCCAGGGAGGAUGCAGAUUGGAAGAAAGAGAUUUGAAGUGUUGAAACAUUCCAUUAAGAAUUUUCUGGAGGGAAAAAAAAUAGGAGAAUGAAAGCAGUGAGUUCUGAUUGGAGACAAAGCAGGAAGCAUCUGUCCUAUGUACAUAUGGCAGUUGUAUGUAUGAGUCACAGUGUGUACAUGUGUAUCACAGUCUUUUAAAGAAAAUUCAUGAAAAGAAUCAAUCAGAGUUAUCAGAUGUGUUACAGGAACAGAGAGUUAAAUUUAUAGUUGGAUUUACUUUCCACAUUGUAGUAAGAAAUACUAAGGAAGUUACUAGUGUAUCGUUAAGACUGAUGACAAUUAUUAAACUUAAAUCUUGGCUCUUUAUUUCCAGAGCAAAAUGAAAAUGAAAGAUUUUAAGCCAACUGAUAAAAACUUAACUGCAAAAUUCUUUUUUGAGCAGGAAAGAAACACAGAAAGAAAUUCAGCAAACUAGUUGGCAAAAAGAGAAAGAAAUUUUCGUGAGCUUUAUUUAUACUUUUUGUAUUUCAGCUACACACCUCACAAGAGCAUGAAGUCUUUAUGUUUUGUAAAUGUUUACCAAAAUUUACCUCAGAGAAGGCAUUAAGAUGAAAAUUAUGUUUUAAAUAUUUUCUAAACCUUAUUUUAUCCUAUCUCCAAAAUGAUAGUGUAGAAAAAGAGCAGAAGAGGCUAUAAAAAUACAAACAAAAAUUGUAUCCCCCUCAACACAGAACAUAAGACUGUAAGAGGUACUAACUCUAAUAUUUUCAACUGUUCAUUUUUAAAAAGUGAUUUGUGAUUUUCUUAAGUUGUAUUUUAUGUAUUAUUUAAAUAAGUACUAUUUGUAUGAUUAUUCUACAGCAGAAAAUUCUCCAACUCCAAAAGAAAAAAAAGUGAGGGGUGAAAUUGAAGUUUGUAUAUACAAGUUAUUUUAGAAAUAGUUUUAAUCCUUCCAGUUUCUGCAAGAUAAUUAAAAUAUACAGUAACUGGUCUCUUAAAAUCUUGAACUUAAGUGUAUUUAACCCUUUUUUAAAAAGUUUAUAUUGGUGCCUUUUUAAAAUGCAUUGAGAGUGUUGCUUAGCUGGGUUUUUUUUUUUUUUUUUAGCUCUACAACACUUUUACUGUGUAUUUUUAAAAAUCACUUAAAAUUGAGUACUAUGUAAUUCAUCUUUGUGUUUUUAGGAUGAAACUGCAAAAGCAAUUUCUAGUACAGAAACUCUCAGCUCCACUGUUAAAAGGAAAUUUUGAAACCAGAUUUUAGUAUCUUUUUAGUUAGUAUUUCUGAAUACCAUUACAAAAUUAAACAGGUAAAAUAUAGUGUGAAAUUGUAACUGUGAAUUGAAUUAUGGCAUAUGCUUUUGUAUUGUUCUUAAGGAAGAAUAAGUUCUGUGUCACACAAGGGUUUAUUAGUAGAUUAUUAAUUUUGGGGAGAGUAACUUAACAGUAUUGCUUUGGAUUUCUACCCCCAGACUAGUGUUAUUCUACUUUUGGAACAUCUAUUUUCUAAUCUGUUACUGUUUCAUGAAAUAAUGAUUAAAAAGCAGGUAAUUAAUUCUCCUUAAACAAAACAAAAUGAAACAAAACUGAACAGUCGUAUCACGUUGCUAUUCUCCAAAGCAUAAUCUCAAAUGGUUUUAUAUCAUAGCUGUGUAUUACUUGCAAUGGAUGUGUUAGGAUAGGACAGCUUUAAAAAAAAAAAAAAAAGCUGCUGGUUAUAUAAAGCAAAUGUCAUAUGACCAAGAAGCUGUGAUAUGCUAGUAUUUCUUUUUCUCAUAGUGUAUUGCUAGGCCAAAUAAUGACACCUUGAAUAUUUUUUACAUUUAUUGCAGAGACCUAAAUUUUUGGAACUUCUCUAAGGUUUUUAUAUAACAUUCUGUUUCUAGCUUUUUAGUCUUAUUUUGCUGUACUGUAAGUUUGUGGAUAUUUUCACAUGCACUCUUAGAAAUAAGUUCACAUUUAUGUUUAUUGGGUUUAUCUCCCAUAACAUUGCAUUUGUACAUUUUCUGUAUAAAUUUGUUGUGAAUUACCCUUUAUCCCAAACAGAGAGUGGUACAUCAAUGACUAGUUUUCUAAGAUGUCCUUUUUAGUGUGAAUAAAAUAUAAAAUUUAGAGGCCCUGUGCUAAAUCACAUAAAGUAUGGCACAUAGCUUCAUGUAGGUACAAAUAAAACCAGUUUGCAGUGAACUGGGCCUUCAGAUUACCUCAAGUGACACAGUAAGAAGCACUUCUUGGACAGGUGAAGGUCACCAAAUCCCCUACUAUGCACUUAGCAGGAUUUCACAUAACUUAAUCUACUGGAAAUGGAUUUUUAAAACAAAAACAAGUACACUGUAACAAGAGAAGGAAUCCAGUUUUGUUUUUUGUUAUUUUCUUAGAGUAGCUCCAUUUCUGAAACUGUGAUUUAACACAUUUGACCCUCAAGCACUCUUGGAUCUUGAGCAUAAAUCAUUUCUCCUUACAUGUAACUCCCCAGCACCUCUUUCUUUCCUCUCUGUUCAUCUCCCUUCCAUCCUCAUCUCUGGAAGUCUUUACCUCUCUUCCCUCCUUCUAGUUUGAGGAUUAAAUAAGGUCAGCUCUAACUUGCAAUUCAUCAAUCUCUUAAGUCUUAAUUUUUGGUGAUUUUUGUUGCUGUAUAAUCUGGUAUAUUUUUAUACUCAAGUGUAGUUUUAUAUUAAAGAGAAAAGUGGUCAGAUUGAAAAUAGUAAGCUGCAUAACCCUUGUGUAACUUUCACUCUUAAGUAUUGGGUACCUAAAACACGGCUCCAGAUGUUUGCCUUCCUUUUUUGUUGAAUUUUACAUUCUUGUUUGGCUUUUCUCUGAAAAUGUAAAUCAUGAGAGACUAGAUGAUUUUUUGUAAGUUUUUAGAAAGAUGUUAAAAACAUAAAAUGAAGAGUCUUAACUUUCUCCCAGUUGGGAGAAAAGUGCUUUAACAUUACUAUAAUAAUAUUCCAGGUUCAGAGGGGGUCCCAGGCCCCAUAAUUGCUCUUAAUAGUUGGACCUUUUAGACCAUGUGUUAUUUGCAACCUCAGAAUGAUUGCUCCUGCUUUUUAGUUAAAAAGGGUAUUCUCUUUUUGUACAAGUGCAAUACUCCCCUUGAAGUCUUAAAAAGUAUGGUGAUGUUUUCUUCUUUUCCGACCUAGUCUUUCUUUUGUUAAUCACUCACACACACACACACACACACACACACACACACACACACACACACACACACUCUACCUUGGAAAUCAGAGCCUUUUAAAAGGACACAACAAGCAAAGAGAGAAACACUUAACAAUCAAAAGAUGAGAGAGUGUAGAAACCACUGGUAUGACCUCAUGGUCUUUAGUUAGGCUAAAUUUCCAUUGAAAUUAGUUAUCCUUUGCCUCAGAAAUGUAUCUUAAUGUCGAAAUUCUGGAAGACUGCAUUUUCCUCUUAGAUCUUUAACUAAUGCUCUAAGUGAAGAAACUAAUAUUUAGUAUCUUUAUUCAUUUCUCUCAUUUUGGAAAUGAACUUUUAAAUAAAAACAAAGCACUUAGGUCAAUUUUAAACACAUAUCACCUGUUGGAGAUAAAAAUUUUUAAAUAUUUAGAGCAUCCCUGUUUUCAUAACAAGUUUAAGAGGUAUUUUUCAUAUCAUACAUAUUUAUAUGUAGUAUGCUGGUUUUCUUUUUUUUAUACCUAUGUUCCUGUAGUAAAACUGCUGUAAUGUAAAUAUAUGUUUUGUUUAAAAAAAAUAACAUUUCUUCAGCAUUUCUUUGAAAGGCAGUUACUGCUUUGUACAGUUUAUGUCCUGGCCAUUUAAAAUAUUUUUUCUUUAACAAUACCAAAGGUGAUUAGACUAUUUUAAAGACUAAUUGCUUGUCAGUUCUUAGGAUGUUUUGAGUUUUAGAAGCAAAAUGAAAAAAAGGUCAAACCAGUAAACCUCAUUUUUUUCAAACUAAUAAUUUGAGGAGAUACAAACUAUUGUUUAAAAAAGAAAGCAUAUAUAUAUAUAUAUAAAUAUAAAUGUAUGUAAAAUUAAAAUUCCAGACCUUGUAUGUCAGGUUUGCUCAGUGUAAUGUAGUUUUUUUAAGGCUCAAAUACCAUACCUCAGAAAAUGGGGUUUACUAUGGAAAUACUGAAACAGUCUUUGCAGGUUGGUGGCAAGUCACUCUGCUACAUACUGAUUGGGAGACCUUGGCUAAACCGUUUAUCACUGCAGACUGAAAUGUGGGACUUGUAUUUUGUUUUUAAUGCACACACAUACAUGCUCUGUGCAUAUAUGUGGGUACUGUGUAUAUGUGUAUGAGUGUUGUACAUGCAUGUGUGAGUGUGUGUCUGUGUGUGUGUACACUAAAGAAGCUGCAGAAACUUUGUAAUACUUUGUGAAAAGGAUUAUAUUAUAAAGGUUUGUACUGUCUUGAGUGCACAGCUACUGGAAUAAAUUUAGGGAAUCUCAGGAACAAGCAUAUAAUUUGUCCAAGAUUUAUUUCUUCUCAGAAGUGUAAGUGCAGUUUUUAAUUCUGUAUAUUAUUUAAUAUUUUACCAAUAAAAUAAACUUCUGACAAAACAAAAGUUUGCUAUAAAAA